AUGACGGCGGCACAUUCUGAACGCUACCAAGCCUUGGACUCCCAAAUCACAGAGCUGGAAUUCCAAAUCUGUGCGCUACUCUUGCAAGUAGUCCAAUUGAAAAGCGAACGGAAUGACUUGGCACCGAUCUCGCGACUUCCCAACGAGGUACUUUGCAAGAUCGCUAUGGAGUACAAGGCGAGCACACCGCUGGUGCUGGACGUCCCUCAAAAGCAGUACAAGCGACUGGGCUGGCCUGUGAUGACCCAUGUCUGCCGUCGAUGGCGACACGCUUGCCUGCAUCACCAAGAAUUAUGGGCAGAGAUCGACUCUUCCGAACCCAUGUCAUGGAUUCAAGAAAAGCUGGAACGGUCGAAAGCUGCCCCGUUAUCGGUCAGAUGGGCAAGUACCACCAGGAUCUUCCCUAGAGCAGGCCUUCGGAUGUACCGUACGGUCAGCGACGCUAAAGUGAAGGAAGACCUUCUCCGUCGCGUCGUCGAUCGCGUGAAGCAAGUGGAACUUCAAGGUCCGGAGAGAUUCCUGGACUGGAUGCUCGAGGACAUCCUCUCGCAAACUCCCCCGCUCCUCCUCCACCACCUUUCAUUUCACAACGACGCGCCACCUGCGUCAACCCCUGACUGGGAAGCCGACCCUGCCCACAUGUACGAGGCGGUAAUUCCUUCCGCGGCUGAGGUGAAAUUGUCAGAGACCCCUCAGUUGCGGCAGCUCGUAUUCAAGGACUGCACCCCGAGGUUGGAAUCUUUCAAAACCACCCAUUUGACAAGCCUCUCGCUUCAGUUGCGCGGUGGCGUCCAACCGCUGCCCGCCGGGGAGUUUAUGGACAUGUUGCGGAACGCACGCUCUUUAGUCACCUUACAACUGUCCCGCGCCCUCCCGGAUUACGACGCCACCUCAUUCUCUUCCAGCAUGAUUCAUCUGCCUUACCUCAAACACAUCCGUAUGGGCGACAGAUACAGGAGGUGCAUUACGCUUCUUCAGCACCUCCGACUCCCGCCAUCCGCCUCGGUCGAGCUUAAUUUCGAUAAAACAGCUCCGAAUGGCAUUGGCGCGGACCUCGGAGGUAUUCUCUCGUCCAUGUGGUCAUUGCAGGGCGUCGAUGGCUCACGGAGUGCACCGCUCUCUAUAGCAUCGAUGACGCUGCAGCAACAUCUUCGCGGAGGUUACGGUGACGAUACUACGUCCCAUUUCAUAGGGCUUUCAGUGCAAAGAUUGGGGAUGCAACAGUUAUCGGGACUGGAUGGCAAAACAUACGUAUUGCAUUCUGAAUCUUCUCCACUAUUGCCUGGGCCCAAUUUGUUCGCGCUUUCCAUCGCCUUCCAAACGCCCAAAGCAGACAACGCCGACGCUGUCACGAAGCUUUUGCGCCAGGACCUCUUCGACUUCAGCGUUAUGCGAUCCCUACACUUGGAUAUUGCGUACAGGCACGAAGACCUUGCGUCAAGUCUAGUCUCAAGUCAGUCAUUGGAAGAACUAUACGUCUCCCACACAACUUCCAAAUGGUUCAUCGACUGGCUGAGAUCCGAUCCAAUGCUCUCCAGCAGCCACUCAAACUCGGCUGGACUAUUUUUGCCCAAGUUGAAGGCCCUCCACUUUGAAUCCGCCCUCCACCUCUACCCUCGCAAGGCUUAUGAACAAUUCAUGUCAAUGCGCGACCCUAAAAUCACCUGUCUGGACGAUUUGGCAUGGGUCAUGAACAAACGAAUGGAAAUGAUGUGCUGUCUCGAUGAAGUCGUGUUCUGCAGGUCCCGCUGGGCCACUUCAAGUUUUACCGACGAAGAGCUUGAGGUUUUGAAUGGUCUAGCACCGUCGGUUUAUGUCAGAGAAGACCCAAACCUACAACGAAAUGUGGUGAUAUGUAGAUUAAUGAUUUGA